AUGUCGUACGUCGACGAGAAGCACAACAGCGAGUUCGUCGAAGAGAAAGUCAUCGGCACUAUCGACACCAUGGAACGCUCCAAAGAAGAGAAGGCAUUGGUGAGGAGGAUAGAUUUAUGCCUCUUGCCAACGAUAUGGAUCAUGUACCUCCUGUCCUACAUGGACCCUACCAUCAUGUGUCUCUGGGGCAUUGCCACGGCUUGCAUGGCCCUCGUCCAAAGCUAUCACCAAUUGCUCGCCCUUCGCCUCGUCGUCGGCGUCCUGGAAGCUGGAUUUGCACCUGGUAUCCUCCUGAUCCUGUCCUCCUGGUAUCGAAAGAACGAGCAGUCGAAGCGCUUCGCUGUAUACAUCUCAGCCGCCGUGUUGUCCGGGGCCUUCGGCGGCAUUCUGGCAGGUGCGAUCACGGGAGGUUUGAACGGCCACCACGGCUUGGAAGGCUGGAGAUGGCUGUUCAUCGUCGAGGGUGUUGCGACCGCGGGCUUCGCCCUCAUUGCCGCUUUCUUGCUUCCCGACUUCCCGGCCAACAGCAAGCGUCUGAUCACACGGAUGACCGAGGCCGAACGUGAACUUGCCAUCUCGAGACUUGAGGCAGACAACGUCCACCUCAGGACUGAAGACACACCACAUCUCACUUCCUUCCAAGCCCUCUCGCAGUCUGUCCGCAAUUGGCGCACUUGGAUAUUUGUCGCUGGAUAUAUGGUAAUCGUAGGCUCGUCAACCUUAUCAUAUUUCUACCCAACGCUGGUCAAAGGUCUGGGAUACACCUCGCACAUGGCACAAUACAUGGUCGUCCCGAUCUACGCCGUGGCGUUCGUCUGCGUGGUCACCACUGGCUAUUUUAGCGACAAGUUCCCACGCCAACGGGGUCUCAUCAUUGCUUCGUGGUUGGUUGUAGCAUUGGUCUGCUCGAUUAUCAUCUGCGUGGUAUACAACUUCAAGGCUCGUUACAUUCUCUUGAUAUUCAUGGCUGCAGCUCUUUGGUCGACCAAUGGUCUGGCACUCUCUUAUGCAUCCAGCACGUUCGGUGCAAUGCCGCAGGAAGUCCGAGCAGUCUCUCUUGCUUUGGUCAACGCCUUGGGAAAUCUGGCGCAGAUCUAUGGUGCUUACUUGUUUCCUUCCAAGGAUGCACCAAAGUAUUUGCUCGGUUUUGGCGUCAUCUCUGGAAUGUGUGCAUUCGGCAUUGGUGUCUAUAUUCUUAUUCACGUGUUGCUCAGGAAGUAUAUCCAGAAGUAG